UUUUUAAAUAAACCUCAGGCCAUGGUUCUUCAUUGGUUCCUAGCUGGAUAAAUCGAUUUUUUUGGGGGGGGGGGGUAAUUCUGCAAUUUCACCCUCGCUCAACUAUGUGGUAACGCCACUCAUUCGAUUCCUCUUUCCAGAGAGGUAGCUUCUUCGGUCCCGGGAACGUUACUAAAGAGGGAUGCACGCCGUUUGAACAAAUCAAUUGAAACUACAGCGUCAGUGCGAAGCUUGCCAGUGAAGGGAGACAGUUGCACGUUUGAUUGUUUGUCCUCUACGUUUAUAACCUCCGCACCGACAUAUUUGGUCUGUUUUUGUCCCUCCAUCGAGGAAGUAGCCUUCAAAAAAAGGAGUCGCCUACAACGGUACCUGAGAAUUUGUGGGGGGGAAACGCUGCGAAGCGUGCCUCGACAUUCUUACGAUCCUUGAGGUUGUUGAGGACAUUGGCUCCACUCCGGGUUCAGUGUGUUUGUGAGCUGCUGGAUCCGGUGAGUGAGACCGUUGCCGGGCCUACAAGGGAUGAAACCGGAUGGGGUUGCCAUGGAGCCCACAGAAGCCGUAGGAGCCGAGCCCUCGGCCCAGGGGAUGGCCACCAACGAGAUGCCCGCGCAGUCAGCUCCUUCAACUUCCCCGUCCUCUCCAUCACAGCCUGAAGACACCCAAAACAGCGCAGCGCAGCCUGAAAACUCCACAGCACCCCCUGAAAACCCCACAGCACCCCCUGCAUCCAAGGAGGUCAAUGGGGCCAAUGGCAAGGCAGCAGCUGACCCCAAACCCAAGGCUAAGACCGUGGGCUUGGCUAAACCACGGCCAGGCACAGCUGGAACCAAGACCGCAACGGGUCCGGCAUCAGGACCCGGCACCUCUCGUCCGGGCACGGCCCCAAGCCUCAUGGCCAAUGGAUUAAAGUCCUCGGCCAGUGACCUGGCCAAGAAAGCCGCUUUGGACAAAAAGAGAACCACCACUAUAGCUGGAGCACCGGCUGCAGCCACAAAGAGGUCCGUGGCUUCCACUGUCAGGACCCAAACUAAGGUAGCUGUCCGAGUCCCCAGGUCCACCUCUGCUACCAGGCCAACCAACGCUACAUGGACUGCGGCGACGGGGCCUGGCACUCCAACGAGGAGACCUCCAGCUGCUGGGCCCAUUAAUGGGGCUGGGGCCAGACCCAAAACCACAGCUUCCAGACAUGCUGCCCCCAAGUCUCCCAGCACUUCUGCUGCGGCCAAACCCGAUAGGACACUGGUUUCCAAGACAACCAGGCCUGCCGCUGGUCACACUGGAUUGUUAAUGGGCACAUCCAAGCCAGCCGCUGCUGGCUCCAGCAGACCUGCAGCUUCCAGAGUCGGUACCACAGCCCCCUCUACUGGCAGGACUACCACAGCGCAGGCACCCAAACCUACAGGCCCUGCCAAGAAAGAUGUCAGCAGACCAGCAACCACUACCGCAGCCAGAAAGCCGGUAACAUCCACCACUACCAAAACGACCAAACCUGACCCCCCUAAAGCGACUGCAGCCUCCAGACCCGAGCCCGCCUCCAAAAGGCCCCAUCCCACCAAGGCGGCAGACACCAAGCCAGCCCGCCCUACAUCACAGGACCCCAAGCCCCUGCCCACACGUAAAGCCCCUCCCACCACACGGCCCCCUGCCACACGACAGCCCCAGGGUAAGACCCCCCCUGCCUCCCCCAGCAACAAGCCUGUGGGCAGCACCGCCCCCCAGUCAGUCAAACGAGCCUCUAAACCAACCCAGUCUGUCCUGCCCUUCACUGCCAGACCUGGAGCUCCCAAGUCUGCAGCAGCAGUGGCUGCCACAGCAGCAGCUGCCGUGGCGACAGUCGCCAUGACAGCCACAGCAGAGCCAGAAGUGGCAGUUUCAGAAGUCCCAGCACCAGUGUCUGCAUCUUUGCCAGCAGUGGCCCUAGAGUCCAGAGAAGAUGUUUCAGCUCCAACUCCUCAGGAUACUACUUCUCCAUCUCCACCACAGAGCCCACUCAGGCUGGCUCUUGCUCCACCACAGGACUCACUAGUCACUGUUGCCCAGGAGGAGAGGUCUGAACGACCAGAGACUGUCCCAGCAGCCCCAGACCAGACCUUACCCCAGGACAUCCCCACAGCAGUGGCUAGGGCUACACCCAGCCCUCCGGAUGCCUCAGAGAAAGCCCAGCUCAACAUGGAUGAAGAAGAAGAGGAUGAGGAGAGGGAGGGCAGCCAGCGGGUGUCUGUGUCAGAAAUGAGCGGCUCCCAGCCCACGGAAGAGUCCAGGCCGGGCUCAGCCGGCCCUGCGGGUUCAGGGUGGCGUGCAGGCGGCGCCCUGCUAUCGGAGCUGGACUCUGAGGUGAGCUGCAGCCAGCAGGGGGCGUCGGAGCUGAGCGCCCUGGGCGUCCUGGAGGGCACAGAGAGUAUGGAUGACCUAGGAGACGCCAGUCUGAAGGGUGCCAUCGACAUGGAGGGCAUGUCUGCCUCGGCCGGCUCGCCUGACUUCGAGAAGGUGUCCGACAUCCCGACCAAUGAUUUUGAUGACGACGAUGAAGACGGAGACCGGGUGUGCGACAUGGAGGUGGGUUCGGAACGGGCGGAUGACCAGAAAAGAGCGAGGCGUGACGAGGAUGAGGAUGACGAUGUGGAGAUGGCCAGUGAAGGGGUGACUGAGAGCGGGCUGGAGAGCUACGGGAAUGCAGACGAGGAUGACUUUGCGGAGGAUGAGAGACUGGACAACCUGAACCAAGCCCUGCCUGCCCUGGCUGCCCAGUGGGACCAACCCAACCCCAACUCCUCCUUGUGUGACCCCUGGGCCCAGCCGCACCCCCAGGCUGCCUCAGCCUCCCCCCUGCAGACCCCUACCAGCCCCUCAGACCCCUGGCAGGCUGAUAUGGAGACACCCACCCAGUACUCCACUCAACCCUGGCUGCAGCUGGCUGCCACACCAUUUGUUCCAGCCCUGCAUGAGCCCUCACACCAGCCUGCCCCUGCAUCUCCACUUGAGAAAGAGACCCUAGCCCCAUUGCACUCCCUUUCCCCCAUAGCUGCCUCCGGCCGCGGCAUGUCACACUCCAGCACCCUAAGCGCUACGGAGCUGGCUGUCCACAGCAACAGCGAGACCAGCACCAGCACCCCAGAGGAGCUCUGUGACUACAACAGCAGCUCCGGGGUGGAGUCCCGCUCUGAGGGGGGGAAGCUCCACACCCUGCCUGCCGCGUGCUCCCUCCAGCCUGAAAUGGAGGACCAGGACCUGGGCAUCCACCUGGAGAGAGAGGACGGGGAGGUGGCAGAGACCCUGCCAGCCAACGAGGUCCCAGGGGACCCCGCCACAGCACCCACGUCCAACCCCUCGUCCUCCUCCACCACGGAGGAUGAAGCCAGCGACACGGAGGGCGAGGCCCAGCUGGAUGAGCUGGGCCAGGGCAUCCACAACGCCACCUUCGACCGCAAGCCCGGCGCCCAGCGCUGCCUGUCUGCCCUGGAGGAAGGGGAGGAGACCAGUGGAGGCGCAGAAGAGGGCGGCGACACCCCCCAGUCUGCCAACUCGGCGGCAUCCUACGCCUAUGACAUGACAGCGUCCAACUCCAGUAACCACUCCACUGCUGAGAGCUGCGCCAAGAGCCCCGGCAUCUUCUCCCUGGAGGAGCUGCCUGAGGAGGCCAAGGACCCGUCACUCAUCCAGGAGCUGACCCUGCCGCCGCCCCAGCAACAGGCUGCCUCAGCAGACUCUCUUCUAGUCUCCAACCCAGAGGAGCAGCAGUACAUGUUGUGUGGGACGCUUGAGACAGAGCUUGGGGACACGGGGGAUCUGAAACCCUUGGACCCCGCGCUGUUUGUGGCCCCCCAGCAGCCCGGGGAGGGCCCCCGUGUCACCCAACCGCCCUACUACUCCACUGUCUGUGAAAACACUGAGAACUCUCUCACAGGGCUCAACGUGCUCCCCCAGCCACACUGCCGCCGCGACCACCACCCCAACCCCCACUGUGACCUCUUGACCCCACCCAGGCUGACCUGUGCUGACCUGCCCCCCCGGAGCCCUCGCCUGCAGGCCAGCCCCCAGCUCCGCAGACUGGAACGGCACCAGCAACAACUACUAGAACUGCAGCAACGCAGAGAACAGCAGGGGAAACCCAAAGAAGAAGAGGCGAGGAAGAAGGAGAUGAGGAAAAAGGAGGCGCAGCAGCAGGAGGAGGAGGAGAAGCUGAGGAGGGAGGAGCUGAAGCAGAGGCAGCAGAUCAUGCGGUGGCAGCAGGAGCUGGAGGAGCAGGCACAGCAGACGUCACCGCAACAACAGCCCCAGAAAGGUCAGGCAACAGUGAUGCUUUCGCCUUCCUCUGGUCUCCAUACCAUUUAUGAAGCCCUGGAGAGUGAUGAAGAGGGGAAGCAAAUUGAGGUUAAUGUCCAGCUCGAACAAUGCAAAGAAGCCCCGCUGGAGAACGAGGUUGACAGUGACCGUCGAGAGGUGUUGGAUGAGGACGGAGCUGAUAGCAACUCCACCUCCACUCUCAGUCCCUCUCCAGACUCCCCCGAGCAGGAAGAGUCCCGGGACGCCUCCCCACCCUCCGUUUCCCCAGAAUGCCCUCCUCCCCUGGACCUGGACUGGGGGAAGAAAGUUGACAUUGUCCAGCAGCUGAUCAACCAGACCUUGCUGCUGACGGGCGAUGGCUGCUCCUCCCUGCUCCUGCUGCCCGGAGGCACCUUGAGCCCCCUGGAGGCCAGCCUGUGGCCCAAACUGCUGCCCCCCCUUACCCCUCCCUCAGCCACAGUCACGUCGGUCAGCAGCUUCUCCCCGGAGGCCCCCGGCCAGUCCCCCCAGGGUGAGUGGACAGUGGUGGAGCUGGAGACACACCACUGAGGGAUGUAGAGACGUGUGUCUCACCAUUAAUGGUUGCACACACUGUUGUAACACCACCUCUUUUACCUUUUCUUGCCAUUCAUCACUGCAAAUACAACACUACUGUUUGAUACACUGAACUAACACCACUGUAUUUUCAAACAUGAUACCUUUCGAUUGGGGGGCAAAGGACACUGACACCACGGUUAUAUCAAUCAGACUGACUCACACUGUAAUUUUACACCUCUCUCAUGCUAAAACUGUUAGGUUACAUACCAGCAGUCCCAGAGGGCUACUACCUUGAUUAGACUGGUUGACUGAAGCUUCUGGGCCAGCUAUUUGGGUAGCAUAGUGACUACUUGUUAGCCAUUGUCAAUUUUACUGAAGCUAAAACUACUGGAUUUUAACAUUUAUUAAAUGUUUUAUUAAACUAGGCGAGUCAGUUAAGAACUAAUUCUUAUUUAGGAACAGUGGGUUAACUGCCUUGUUCAGGGGCAGAAGGUCAGAUUUUUACCUUGUCAGCUCAGGGAUUCGAUCUUGCAACCUUUCGGUUACUAGUCCAAUGCUCUAACCACUAGGCUACCUGCUGCCCCAGGUAGCCUCCCCCAGGGCUCAACAUGCUCCCCCAGCCACACUGCCGCUGCGACCACCACCCCAACCCCCACUGUGACCUCUUGACCCCACCCAUGCAAUAUGUUUUGAUGUGGUGGGUGGGGGGUGGGUCCUAGGUGGUUCAGUUCACACUGAAGAUGUUGAACUACUGACUUGGUUUAUGAUUAUUGGUCUGAAUUACUGAUGACAAACUGCACUUGACUAGACCAGUAUCCUAUAAUGAUCACUCAAUGCCUGCUUAGCUUUGUGCUUCAAAACUGUUUGAUUUACUCUAGAGCAGCAAAUCAUAGAAAUAGAAUCCCUAGAACAGUCACAGGAUCCCCAUUCCAAUUGCCGAUGGCCUUUAUCCUUUCUAGGGAUACUAUUUAUAUGGGCCAAGUUCCUGCGUUUCUCUGAUGUCAAACCAGAGGCCUUCCACCAGCUGAGGUAAAACACUGGUUGGCCGUAUCUGUUAGAGUCGAUAAAUAAGCUUACUCUAUGAUGAAUUCCACCAUUUCAGGGUGGUAUUUCACUAAGCAGGAUCUAUUUUGUGAUACAACUUCAUGAAAUACACCUGGGUGCUAAUGAAAUGAGGGACUGUUUCUGUUGCAUGCUACUGCUGACUCUGAUGAAGGCCACCGGAAAUAUCGGUUUAUUGUCUUUUUUUCAGAAGCACUCUCACGUUUUUGUUCUGAAGACUUGGCCCCAUAUCCUGGGUGGUUUUCCUCAUGUUUGGGCUUGUUUCUGUGGUUAUGGAUGAUGACAUAAUGGGGGUGGGAGUGGUCAUGACAUUGAUAUGAGGUAAUGGAGAAAUGACUAGGUAAUUGAAGAGUGUAAGAAAACAGAGUCUUUGAGUAGAUUUCUCUGGGGAUAUAACCGGUUCUUCUGUGAGACUGCUGGGUCCUAGCCUGGUCCUAGAUCUGUUUGUGCUGACCAUCUGCCCAACUCCUAUGGUAGUUUGGUGUGAUGAAAACCAUGGGCGUUGGGCAGAUGGUCAGCACCAACAGAUUGCCAAGAUGACACAAACCGAUUUGGGACCAGUCAUGGGUUUUUGCGGGUUAAUAUUGGGGUUAGUCAUGAACUAAAUUUGAAGGAUGGUGGUACAGAGUUAACCUUGUUAGUCAUGAACUAUAUUUGAAGGAUGGUGGUACAGAGUUAACCUUGUUAGUCAUGAACUAUAUUUGAAGGAUGGUGGGACAGACCUUGUGGAUGUGUACAUGUAUUUGUGUCUGGGUGGAAAGGUACUGCAUGUGAAGAAAACCAUUUGCAUUACCUCAGUGGAUUGUGAAUAUAGUAAAUGAGUAUGUCCAUCAAGCCUAUAAUAUGGAUUCAUAGAGCGUUUGAAAAUUGAUUUAUUGCGCCAUGUACCUUCAGUUUGAAACCUGAUCUGACAUGAGUCAAACACUGGCUUUACUAUUAGGGUACUUGUGUUCAAAUGGGAACUUGCAUUAAGCCUCACUGAAGUUGAUUUUCUAACAGGAGUGUCAUCUAUUUAGCGGAAACACGGAUUUUGUCAUUGUGGUUGAACUUUGAGCCCUAAGGAGAGAGUCCACUGUGUGGGGCAACGAUCCUGGAUGGACAGAAACGGGUGGUUGGGAUGAAGUGAACGCCGAGACACACUCCUUCAUAUACCAUAGGGAUGGACUCGACUGUUGAUACAACCACUCUGCUGUGAGGCCAGGGCUAGUAGAUACUAUAUGUAUCUGGAAAUCAAACCCUUUGCCACCGUAGGCACAGCAAGCAAGGGCCCUUUUUUAUAUAAAUGGUAGCUAGAUUCUCCCGUGUCUUUUUCAAGACGUUUUUCCAUGUGUAGCCAAGUGGCUGCCAUUUUCUAAGACAGUUUGGUACAUUCCGAUUUGAGGGCUCUGCCACUUCUACUCCAAGAUCCCAAAGCGACACGCACAAGGCAUCGGUCAAAGCUGGACUUUAUCUCUUGUUUUUAAACGUCUCCUCACUGUAGUGUUUUGUGUAUUGUUAGUGUAUAGUAUUACCGAAAGGGGAGUCUCACACCAUUUAUUGCAAUGAAGUGAACCCACUGGAUGUUUAUUUUGUACUGUAGAGCAUAUUUUAAAGUACAGUAGAUGAGAGGUGACAUUUUAUUUAUAGAUUUGAAGCAGAUCUUGUUUUAGAGAAUGAAGGUUAAUGGUUGUAGAUAUAAUGGUUUAUUUAAAUUCCAAGAUGUGACCUUUGAACUUCCGUCGGUACUACACUUGUCAACCUUUUUUUUUCCUUCUUUUGUUUGUAUGAUGUUUUGCCUGCAUUUCUUAAAGAUCUUCUCAAUAGUUAUCAGGGGAUAUGAAGUGACGAGAGCGUGUUCAGUGCUUCCAUGAACGCUUUCUGUAUUUUAUGGAACUGCUCAAACCAUCUACAAACAUUCCCGUCUAGCUGGUGUAGAAAUGACACUGUAGUAAAUGACAAUAUCACGCAAGUUACAGAACUAUCAUGCCCAAUGGAGCAUGUCUGGGAAUCACUAGUACUGAAAGGUGUGGACUCUUCCCCUCUUUUUGUAAAGUUCUUUCAUUUUAUUUUAAAAUGAAGGGAAACCCCCUUCUAAUUCAUGUCUAUUCUCGAUGAAAUGAGGUUGGCAUUUUGACGUUGUGGAGUUCAAAUUACGGCAGCUUGUUUAAAUACGUAAUAAUUCCUUGAGGUUGUGUGACUUUGUGUGAACGGCUAAUGUGUUUUGUCAAUAUUUCAAUGCAUUUUAUUUCGAGAAAAUAAAAUUGAUUUUCUU